CCUUCAACAACCAUCCAACUAAGUAACAACUUCCACUGCAGCCACGUUUUAUUCCCGCCUUGGGCCAAGAACCUUUCUAUGUAACUGUGCCGACUGAAAGGUUCCUCUGUUUAUGUAGAGAAUAUCACAACUGGAGUCGGUAUCAUGUCAGCCCAAUCACUGUCGCCGCCGAGAAAGCGCCCACACCCCGAUGAAGGCCCAAUUCCGGUCGAAACGCCUACUCGAGAUGCAACAGUAAUUGUCGACUUAUCCGGUGACGAAUCACCUUUAAGCUCAGUGCCAUCGCUUUUGCUGCAAGACGCGUCUGAGAACUUGAGUGCUUCAGCAGCUUCAGGGGCCAAUGACAUCGCGACAACAAAACAGCCUCAGAAAAGACGGAAACUUACGCCUGCUGAAAAGGAACAGCAACGACUUGAUAAGGAGGCAAAGGAUAAGGCACGGGAAGCGACCAAAGCCCAGAAAGAAUUGGCACAAAAAGAAAAGAAAGAAAAACUAGAAGAAGAGAGGCGUACGAGGGAUGAGGCUGCCAGAGCUAAAAAGGAACAGCUUGAGGAAAAGAGACGAGCCAAGGAGCUUGAGCAAGCAAGAAAGGACGAGGAAAAGGCGAAGAAGGAUCGAUCACAACUGCGGCUCAAUGCAUUCUUUGUGGCCCCAAAGACUACAGCCAUAUCCACAACGCCGUCAAAGUUGCCUAUCUUGAGUGGCACCCCUGAGCAAUCCGGGCGAAGGAAGUCUAUUUCGGCAACGCCAGAGGACCUCGGAAACGGUUCUGUACCACCAUCACCUUCAACUAGAAUAUCCCGGAUCCAUCCCAGCAAAUCGUCCAUUCUGCCUUUUGAACUACCCUCAAACACAACCAUGGCCUCUACAAGAUUCACACAGAUGAGCCAUCGAAAGUUGGAUCGACUCCGCCAACGCCUGGACGCGAUCGUAUCGGAGGGAUUCCACGCUCCAAGUCGGGAAGAGAUCAUAGCAGAGUUAAAGUUAAAGGUCAUACGACAGAGAGUCGAUAUCCUUCAGUCAGAUUCAGUCAAGCAUCUGAUGGAAUUGGUAAGUGGGACAUCAACACAUCCUAUUGAUCUCACAAGCGACUCUACCAUUCCAAGCGAAAGAGAAGCCCUAGAAUGGCUUCGGAAGGUUCCUGUGAAAUAUCUCGAAUUCGGAGAAGAUGUUAGACCUCCAUACUGUGGCACGUAUACAAAAAGGAUUCCGAAAUCGGAGGCGAGGAGAUUAGCCAUUAAUCCCCGGACACCAAAGCUCCCGGAGAUCAAUUACCAGUACGACUCAGAAGCAGAAUGGGAAGAACCCGAAGAAGGAGAGGAUAUUCUUUCAGACGGCGAAGAAGAUCUCGAGAGCAACGAUGAUGGUGAGGAUAUGGAUGGCUUUCUCGACGACGAAGAAGCUGUCGACAGUAAGCGCCGUAUGGUCGGCGGUGAUCUCGAGCCUGUUAACAGUGGACUUGUGUGGGAGAAUGCGUCUGGUGUUGCAUGCUGCCGGGAAGGCCCGGUGCCAUCUGGCUACGCCGAGUACAAGAUGUGUUUCCUCCUCGAACCUUCACCGAGCUCAAUUGACCCGUUCUCCACGGCAUACUGGGCACCCGAACCUAUAGUAUCAACGGCAAACCUCUCAACUGCCUUUGGUAUGGGUACUAUGUAUCCUCCACGUCUUCCAUUGAGCGUGAGGUCUGAUGGUAUGAUCAAUCACGUGAAUAUACCCCAUACAAUGUAUAAGAAUUCUAAACUCGCGACUGUCUUUGGCACAGUCCCAAAAGCGCCGGAACCACAGAAGCGAAUGGUCGCCCCGGAACAACUCGAAGAAUUCAAGGCCGCUAUCAGAGGGAGCGAUCUCACGAAGAUUGCCCUGAUUGAGCAUCUCAAGAAACAAUUUCCGGAUAUCAAGAAAGAUCUGAUCCUGAACACGCUCAAUGUUGUUGCACACCGUGUAGGCCCUGAUUUGAAGAGCAAAAUAUGGGAGCUGAAGUAGAACUAUGUAAGAGCAUUGCUACUUACUAAAUUUCAAGCAGCAGCAUUUCUGAGUAUGCCGCCGAGAGCCCUAAGCAAGGUUGCACGCUACUUGGAAUAUUUCAGCGAUGGACACAUCGAUUGGAGAUCUUGGACCCAACUCCUCUGUAUCAAAAAGUUGUGCCACGACACACGCGACCCUGUACCAUCGCCAGGGAACCCAGGAAGGCCACCGUGGCAAGC